CUUACGCUGUCAGCACGGAAAAAUGGAAAAUGGCGAAUUAUUUUCUCACUUUGUGUACAUAUUAUGCAUCACUUCGCUGUUAACGUUACAUCAUGGAAACGCUGUAAAGUAAUGCAGACUUAUCAUGUCCUCCACGAUAAUAACAGUCGGAACAAUACUUUCAACCUUUUUUCAAGGUUUGCACUGUGCCUCAUUUGAUCGACUGCUGAUUGAAAAUUUGCUAAAGAACUACAAUAUGGACGUGAGACCAGUUGAGAAUGCAUCACAGGUGCUGGAAGUUACACUGGGUCUUCAGCCGUAUAGAUUGCUCAGAGUGGAUGAGGUUGAGCAGCUUGUGCGGAUGAGCCUUUGGUAUAGACUGACCUGGCAAGAUCGGUUCUUGAUGUGGAGUCCUUCGCAGUAUGGAAACCUGACACGUAUUAACUUGCCAGUGGAUGCGAUCUGGACACCAUCUGUUGGACUGUUAAACUCGCUUGAGUCAGGUUUUGCCCCGAUUUUUGAGAGUGCUGACGGUGGUCUGAGCCCCUUAGCCGAGAUUCGAUAUGACGGCCAAAUCAAAAUUGCCGUGCCGACAAUUCUUAGUAUCUCGUGCAUUAUGGACAUGACGAUGUAUCCGUUUGAUAUUCAAAGAUGCAAACUUAAAUUCGGGACUUGGGCGUACACUAACAAGGACCUGAAGUUCUCAGCAGAUUUCAAAACAUCAAUACUUGCUGAGUCAAAGGAAGCUUUUGCGUCAUCAGCUGGAUGGUCGGUCAUGGAAUACCGAGCUGUUGACCAACAUGACAACGACACUAACGCAAGUCCAUCCGUGGCAUUCACCAUGCAGCUUAAACGUCACACAACGUAUUACAUUGUGAUCCUAUUUUUGCCGUGUUUCUCGAACGCAAUGCUGACACUUCUCGUUUUCCUCCUCCCGACGGAGACUGGGGAGAGAAUUGGUGUUGGUAUUAACACUCUGUUCAUCAUGUGGGUCAAUUACUUAAGGGCCUUAAAUGGGAUGCCCAAGAGUCCAAAUCUUCCAGUUUUCUGCAAGUUUUAUUACUUUGUAAUGUUCGAGUGCGUUUGUGCUAUCGCAAUUUCCUGUCUCCUCAUUUCCUUUUAUCACAUGAAUGUUCACAUAGAACCGCCUGACUGGGUCAAGACUCACAUACUAGACAGAAUGGCUUGGAUUGUAUUCUUGCGAUCUUCUGUGAAGCAUCGCCAAAGGACAGCAGAGGAAUUUAAGAAGGAAGCCGAACAGUUCCGCUCAAGGUUUGGAGGCAAGACUUACCACAAGAUAACAAUUGGACUGAACCUGUUUGUUGACAACUCACUGAAGGAAUUUGAGACCUUUUGGCGACGAGAAAUAUGGCGACUUGUCUCACUUGUCCUGGAAAGAUUUUUUACCUAUGUCCUCUUGUUUUCAGUUCUUAUUUCUUUUUUCGUUUUUGCUGCAACUGUGCGGUAAAGGAUGGCAAAGAAUACCCCUACAAAUGGGUACAGCUAUUACCGUGAGAAAAACAAGGGGAAAUCGUUUAGAAAUAGAGUAGCCAGCUCACUCCAUCCUUAUCUUGCAAUGAAAAUUUUUAAUUGUGUUGAGUUUUAGGGCAAGUGGUUUUAAAUAGUAAGAAACAGUAAUAUACAGCAAUGUUAUUAACAGCACUCAACUUCCUUAAAUUAUAGGGAAUUGGCAGCAGGCAUCGGGUUUCCAAGGCAAUGUGACAAUUACCAGCUUGCCCGAAGAAACGGUGUAGGAAGAUAAAAAAAAAAAGACCUACUUCCUCCUUUCAAACAAGUCUCACACCUUAAUGAUACUGACAAUUGAGUAGAAAGAGCCGGCCGGUUUAUCAACUGAGUUGAUAUCUUAAACUGGCCACAGAUAAGAUUUUCUAAAGCUACGUUGCGGGCGUUAGCCCAUAUGCCAUCGUAUAUGACCUCCCGCCGACCCAGCACUACAGUCUCUACAGAAAUUUAUCCCCGUUAUUACGCCCAAGCAAAAUUGACGCAAGUCCUGCUUUUGCUUUACAAUUCUCCAAACAGGCCCUGAUAGUUUAAAAUGGCCCUCAAGGCGGAAACUUUUUUACAAAUAAACUAUUUACUAUGAUUAUUUCUUUUUAUAAGGGUCACUGAGAAAAUUCUGACUGAUCAUUCUUUUUGGACUAGAAACCAUGGUGAAGAAGCGAG